AGCACGAGGUCGGAAGGAUUGGAACGGUGAUAGCUCGUAACCAUGGUAACCGGACGUCAAAUCAUCUUCCUUCUCCUGGCAAUGAGCGGGACUACAGUUUUCGGAAGCGAUUUUAAAAUAUCGGCUGCAGAACAAUCUCCGACCUUCUGGUUCGAAAUGGGACAAGAAGACCUGCAAGAUUCUCUGCGAGUGGUUCCGAACACGCGAAUAGCCAAGAACCUCAUUAUCUUCGUUGGCGAUGGAAUGGGCUUGAGCAAUGUCAUGGCCGCACGAGUUUACCAAGGCCAAAGUGAAGGUCGCCCUGGAGAGGACAGUCAACUCAGUUUCGAAAAGUUUCCGUACGUCGCACUGUCGAAGACAUACAGUGUUAAUCAUCAAGUACCUGAUUCCGCUUCAACCGCAACCGCUCUUUUUACCGGCACCAAGACGAACUCUGCUACCAUUGGAGUGUCCGCUCGGGCCAGGGUCAACGACUGCGAUUCUCUUUUCGGAAACGAACUCACCUCCAUUUUGGAUUGGGCUCAAGAGUCAGGGAAAGCAACAGGUUUGGUGACUACCACUCGAGUCACUCAUGCUACCCCUGCUGCACUCUAUGGCCAUAGUCCUCACAGAGACUGGGAAAGUGACUCCAAGAUGCCGAAGAACGCCAGCCGAUGCAAAGAUCUCGCAAGGCAGCUGGUGGAGGACUUGCCAGGGAGAGAUCUCAGGGUCAUUUUCGGCGGUGGCCGAAGACAGUUCAAGCCCGUGACGCACAUGGACUCCGUGGCGAACAAAACCGGCGCCAGGUUGGACGGCCUGGACCUCAUCGAUUACUGGCUGAAGGAGAAGAAGAAUCGGAAUGCCAGGGCCAAAUACAUCACGACCGCCGCAGAACUCGCCGCCCUCAACAAAGGGAACGUUGAUUACGUUUUGGGCCUCUUCAACCACAACCACAUGAAGUUCGAAGUGGACAAAAAGAAGGAUCACAUGGAAGAGCCUUCUCUGACAGACAUGACGCGAGCAGCCAUCAACAUGCUGCAAAAAUCGAACAAAGGAUUUUUCUUAAUGGUUGAAGGUGGAAGAAUCGACCAUGCUCAUCAUCUCAACAACGCUAAACGUGCUCUGUCCGAAACAGUAUCCAUGGCCGAUGCCGUGCAGGCGGCAAUUAACAUGACUUCCUCGAAGGAUACUCUCGUCGUGGUGACCGCUGACCAUUCCCAUGUCUUGACGGUCAAUGGCUACCCGAAGAGAGGGAAUCCUAUCCUGGGAGUCGCCGGCACGUCAAAUAAGGACAACCUCACCUACACCACGCUGCUCUACACAAAUGGCCCCUCUUAUCAUAUGAUUCACGGGAAAAGGCGGAAUCUUAGCGGCACGGAUACAGAAUCGAAAAAUUUCUUCCAAGAUGUUCUCGUUCCUUUAUCAGACGAAACCCACGGAGGUGAAGAUGUUCCUAUUUAUGCGACCGGACCCAUGGCUCAUCUAUUCCGUGGUGUCGUCGAACAAAGCUAUGUAGCCCAUGUCAUGGCAUACGCAGCCUGCAUCGGAAGAAACAAGCAGCACUGUCAGCGCAUAGGGGAGAGGUUGCCACUGACAGCUGCAGAUGACAACAGUGCAAACCAUGUACAACAUUCCUUAUACUUAUUCUUUAUCAUCACGUUCCAAAUAGCUAUUGUUUUCCUUCUUUCCAGACAUUGACGAAUUUGUGUGGAGUAAAACACGUCGAUCUAGGAAGCCUUUACCUCAACAUCCCACAAAGAUCAUGCUAAAUUCCAUUUCAUUAGCAUUCCUAUCAUUAUACAAUGCGAAUUAAGACUUGGGGAAGGGAAUAUCUUUAGUAAUAAGUUGAUCUUUACUUUUAUUUCAAUACAGCAGUAAUUGUCAUAAUGAUGUCAUGGAAAUACACUAACGUCUUUCCAUGUGGAUAUCGAAGCUUUAUUCUGUGAUUCAGUAACUUUGCGACGUUAGAGGAAGGAAAAUUUGGUGAAAUGUUAUGGAUGCCAGUUUUAGAGAACAUCAUGCAGACAAAUGUUUGUAUCACUUUUUAGAGCCAAAUAUUAUACAGAUAGCGCUAUUUUUUUUAAGCCACUGAUUAUUCCUUUAUUUACCGACAGUACUUUAAAUUACCGUUUAAAUCCGGCUGAUAUCUUCACAAUAUGACCAUUUUUUCUAACAAGAACGCAUUUGCAAUAGAAAGUAAUACAUGUUAACUAAAAAUAACAUUAAAUAUUCUUUUAUAAAUUUAAUUUAAUUAUUUUAAUUAAUUAAAAAAGUUUUUUCUUUCUUCCUGGGUUUAUUCUGUACCAAAAUUUAUAUAAUAGUUUAAAAAUAAAUUUGAAAAACUGAUGGUAAAACAAUUCGGCAAAUAAAUGGCUGAACUUAGUGAGUGGAGAAAAAUUAUACUAUAAGCACAGCUUCACUUAUUUUCGCUAAGCCACUGCCACUGUAAAAAGUAUCAUCAACAGUUGUGGUUUGGAUUAUACAGGCAGCAUUGGUAAAAAAACUGCUGUAUCAAAAUUUGAUGUCUCUAACCUCAUAAAAAGUCAUACACUUCAAAAUGUAAAAAUAACAAUAAACACAUAAAAGCACAAUAAUUUUAACAUAUUUUUGUUUCGAUUAGCAUCGGAAGAUUUUAAAAAUUUUAAAUCAUAUAAUUAUAUUUUAAAAUUUUGCGACAUUUGUAAUCAUAAAACUCUUUGCAAGGAAAACUCGCAUCCAGAUUCGUAAAAAAAUGUUAUUGUAAAAUAUUAAAACUGCAAUGAAAUGAGACUGCCAUGACUUCAUUCUGAUCUCUUAGUGCUGUAAAUGUUGCAUUACGGAGGUUAGGAAAGGUAACCUUAAAAAUGCUGUGCGAACCUUAAAAUCAAUACGGUCUAAGGUUUCAUUUGUACAAAAGUGGAAAGAAAACAUUACAGUAAGUUCAUAUUAUGGCAAUUUUUGGUGUUAAAAAUUUAGAAGAAAAAAAAUGUCAUAAAAUGUGUUUGCUGUAUAUUAAUUUUUUUCUUUUAUUGAGAUGGGAUGUUACUUUAUACAUCUUUCAUUUUGGUGGGGUAAAAAUAUUGUCAUCAAGCUUCAAAAUAAUUUUUAAGUGGAUUUCUACACAUGCAAAAAGUGUUCGUUGUUGAAUGUUUUAUUUGUGUUUGUCUAUUUCACUUGGAGGUGGUUUCGGGUUGUGGAAUUGUAUCACUAAAAAGUUCCCUUUGCAUUGUUCUUAGAUAACGUAUGUGUACCAUAACCUCUAAAAAAUAACGCAUUUAGUCAUUAAUAUAAAUUAUCACUACGGGUAGUGAAAUAAUUUCCGCGAGUAUAUGAUAACCCUUAAUGAAACAAAGCAUGAAGAUUCAUUUGUAUUAUAUGUAAAUGUACAAUAAUAAUAAUGUACAAUAAGAAGUAAUGAAAAACAUCUUUUUUUUUUCUGUACUGAGUUCAGAUUUCUUUGCAUAUAUAAAUUGCCAACUCUCAUUUCAUUUCAUGACAUUACCACAACUUCAAUUCUUACCACUGUUUAAUGAAUAGUUUCGACUUUUUUGCAUCUGGAAAGUCUCAAAGGAAAUGUUCUCUGAAGAUAUUCUGAAAAACCAAAAAUUUUGUUCAGUUCUGAAUGUAUUGAUUGUUGUGUGUAAAAAUACUCAUUUAAUUGUUUUUUCAUUAUGUUCCAUUAUUUUUAUUGCUAAUGUUACGCACAGUGUAACCUAUUCUUUUCAUAUUUAUUCGAAGAACACUUCGCUGUUGUUAGUUUUUAAUUUAUUUCAAUAAAUAUGUUUUUUCUGUC